UCAAACUUGCAUAUCCUUCAUUGUUUGUUGUUAAACGCAUAGAAAUAGUUUUUAAACAUAAUUAUAUUUGCAAGAAACGACUAAUAAAAGAAACCGUGAUUAAAUAAACAAAAUUUUUAAUAAAUUCUGAAGUACAAACUUACAAAAUGGCUGACGAUGAUGGUCCCUCAGAUAGUAGCCUUUUAGUUAUAAUAGUGGACACAAAUCCAAACCAGAGGUAUAUUACGGAGGACCCAAAAGUGCUGACUAACUGCCUAGAUGCUGUCAUAGCGUUUGCCAACUCUCAUCUCAUGCAGAAGUCGAGGAAUGAACUGGCCGUUAUCGGAUGCCAUUUUCAUAAGAGUGAAUACCUGUAUCCAUCUCCUGGCAAACCUUUGGAUGUUAGACAAAUAGAUGGCCAGUAUGAGCUGUUUACAUUAGUUGAGAAAACUAUUAAAAUGAGAUUGGUAAAUCUAAUAAAGAGUCAGCCACAGGAUGAUAAGCCGGGAGAAUCACUGCUGGCCGGUGCAGUCGCUAUGGCUCUCUGCUUUAUAGCUAAGAUUCGUCGUGAAGCGCCGCCCGGCCUGCGUCUGACAAGUCGUAUAUUAAUAGUGACGGGUAGCAGUGACACGGCCGCUCAGUACAUCAACUAUAUGAAUGUUUUCUUCACUGCACAGAAACAGCAAGUACUAAUAGAUGUGUGCUCGCUAGACAAGCACUUAAGUUUGUUACAACAAGGCUGUGACAUCACCGGAGGCCUGUAUCUCAAAGUACCCUCACUUGAAGGACUGCUCCAGUAUUUAUUGUGGGUGUUUCUCCCGGAGUCUUCAGAGCGUACAAAGCUGGUGCUACCCGGUCGUGGCCGCGUGGACUACCGCGCCGCAUGCUUCUGUCACAGAGAACUGCUCACUAUAGGAUAUGUGUGCUCUGUGUGUCUCAGUGUGUUCUGCAAGUUCAGUCCUAUUUGUACAACUUGUCAUACGGUGUUCAAGAUUGGCGGUCCAUUACCCAUUAAACCGAAGAAGAAGAAAAUGAAGGUUUAGUGUGAUCAGUGAUAAUCCGUUUGUAUGCCCUUACUGUAAAUAUAAAUAUAGGUAUAUAAGAUUUUUUUAAUAUAAAAU